GGUUCCACCGACAAGAAUGGACUCAAUGCGAUGCCCUUCCUAGGCCAAAUCCACACCAGUCCUCUGCUGUCCCGCCCAAUGGGUCCAAUAGGUCACGCUCACCCCCCACCUUCCCUCCGAUGGGGGAUUCAGAUGGAUUCAAUGCUGUGCCACAGAUGGCUUCGAUGGGACCACCGCCCGUGUUGAGCUCCCUCUGGACAGGCGGCGCUUCUCCGGACAGCCGCGGAGACUACUACGACGACCCCCACGAAGAGUAUUCCGACUGCCGCUACGAGGGCGACUACGAGGGCGACUACUCGAUGCCCACCGAGGAGGACCAAGAGGAGGAGUCGUGCUCCUGUCAGAGCCAGACCUGUCAGAGCCAGAGCGAGUUCAGAUCGAUAGAGCGCACCGAGUCGGACUCGGAGUGGGAGGAGCUCUCCGACGGCCCUUCCCCCAGGGUCUCCCCGCUGGAGUCCCUCGGCGCAGUCGUGCUCUCCACAAUGCAGCCGGAGCACCGUCAGCGCAUGGUGGCCUUGUACCACCUCGUCUUGGAGACCGCUGUGGUCAAGGUCGUGCUGCUGGUGCUGCAACUGCUGUGCUGCGCGGUGUUCUGGCUGGUCGAGAAGACCGUGGGCUUCAACGAAACCGUCGGCUCGAAGCGCCACCGAUUGUGGAACAGCAAGUUCAAGCUGCGCACCAUCCAGCGCCAGUUGCUGUGGCGCAUGGCCAAUGCCCGGGGCGACGAGACGCUCGUCUUCUUUGCCGUGCUCAUGACCUCAUGACCCCCUGUUCUCCCUCAGCCUCCUGGGAUUCAUCCUGUCCCUGGCGGCGCUCCUGAAGAAGACCGUCGAGCAGCUGGUGUUCCAGAUACGCCUGCACCUCGUGCUCUAGGGGCAGCCAUCGA